CAAGUUGCCAGGGCGUGAUAGCAGAAUAUUACUGCAUUGUCCUGAAAUCUGUGCAAUGAACGUGCUAUUAGCUUCUUUAUGGUCUAGCGGCUUCCGAUAAACUACGCCUCGGGCUCCAACGUUGACAUCCACUUCAAUGGCCAACUCUGACGAUAAUGCAUGUCCGGGAUGGGACGACAGUAUCCCGUACAGCAUCAAGCUGGCAAUGUUGACGAUGACGGUCGAGGCGGCAUCAUACGGCAUCUUCCUGUGCUUAAUCAUCAUGUCCACAUAUAUCCUGGUAUCCAGAGGUCUACGAGGCUCUUAUGCUCGAAUGACACUCCUUGCUGUGACCCUCACCAUGUUCUCCAUAUCCACAGCCCACCUCGUCAUUCAUCUUCUCUGGUAUAUAAUACAAUGGCCAUACAUCUGCGCCACCGUCGCACCAGACGGGUACUUUGCCCGCCUCAACCGGAUGUAUGAAUCGAUAGAGCUUCUGGGACGAGCACAAUAUUUCAUCAGUGAUGUUAUCGUUGUAUGGCGUGCAUGGGUGAUUUGGCCACGGAAUCAUUGGGUCCGUGGGUCUUUGGCGUUCUGUCUUCUGGCUACCGCAGUAACAUCCAUAUUCCUCGCUGUACUCAACGUUUUGUCCUUCAAACUGGACCACAGAUAUCCCACCCUGGAGCAGAACAUGCUCGGAACCUUUGGGCUUCUCUUCACGAAUUUUGGUGCGACGGCGGCUAUCGCAUCGAAGGCUUGGUUGUAUCGACGAUCCGUGAAAGAGUUCGUCAACAGAGGAAGCUCAAAAACCAAAGUAGAAAGUGUGCUCACCCUCUUGGUCGAGUCUGGUGCGCUUUAUUGCAUCUACUGGAUAUUAACGCUACUCAGCGACUUCGGAGUAACUGGCGACUUUGGCUUUGGGUGGCCUCAGCCCAAUAUUUCCGGAAUCUAUCCAACACUCAUCAUCCUACUCGUUUCACUUCAGCGCUCCACUCCAGAUAACGUUUACUCGGUAUCAAGACCUCCUCCGAUGCCACUGGAACCCAUUCAAUUCAGUCCUGCUGCGCCUAUGAACCGAGCGAAGAAACCCGCGGAUUUUUCUGAUAGCGAGCUGUUUAGUAGCACUUUUGUGGCAUCAUCAUCCGGUGGAAAUGUUGUUGGACAGGGAACGGUUUGAAGGAAGAGCUGCUGUCAUCGUGUGGUCUCCUUCGUUCUCCAGAACACGAUGACUUGAUUCGUUCUGAUUCGGGAAUAAAAGUAAUGUAUCAAAUGGUGGUAGACAUACUGUAUACUUAUCCGAC